AGUUAGUUAGGGUUCCUCCUUCCUUCUUCCCUCACUUCCAUUUCGCUUCAAUCACUGUUGGACACAAUGUCGCAAGAAUCACUAGUCCUCCGCGGCACAAUGAAGGCCCAUACAGAUUGGGUGACAGCCAUUGCCACUCCGAUCGACAACUCCGACAUGAUUGUCACAUCGUCUCGUGACAAAUCCAUCAUUGUUUGGUCACUUACAAAAGAGGGCUCACAAUACGGUGUCCCCCGUCGCCGUCUCACCGGACACGGCCAUUUCGUCCAAGAUGUUGUCUUAUCAUCAGACGGUAUGUUUGCACUUUCCGGAUCUUGGGACGGUGAACUCCGUUUAUGGGAUCUUCAAGCUGGAACCACUGCCCGGCGUUUCGUCGGACACACGAAGGAUGUUUUAUCCGUUGCAUUUUCAGUUGAUAACCGUCAGAUUGUUUCUGCAUCUCGUGACAAAUCGAUUAAGCUAUGGAACACUUUGGGUGAGUGUAAGUACACGAUUCAGGAUCAAGAUUCACAUUCUGAUUGGGUGUCUUGUGUUCGUUUUAGCCCAAAUAAUCUUCAACCAACUAUUGUUUCUGGAUCAUGGGAUCGGACUGUGAAAAUCUGGAACCUUUCUAACUGUAAGCUUCGCGCUACUCUUGCUGGGCACACUGGUUAUGUGAAUACUGCUGCAGUAUCUCCAGAUGGUUCUUUGUGUGCUAGUGGAGGAAAGGAUGGAGUGAUUUUGUUGUGGGAUUUGUCUGAAGGGAAGAAUUUGUACUCCCUUGAUUCUGGUUCUAUUAUUCAUGCUCUUUGUUUUAGUCCCAAUAGGUACUGGUUAUGUGCUGCAACUGAGUCGAGUAUUAAAAUUUGGGAUUUGGAGAGUAAGAGUAUUGUCGUUGAUCUUCGUGUUGAUCUCAAGCAAGAGACUGAAAUGUUUGGCAAUGCAACUUCUACUUCUGGCAAUGCCAAAACCAAGGUUAUAUACUGCACCAGUUUGAGUUGGAGUGCUGAUGGGAGCACACUUUUCAGCGGAUACACAGAUGGUCUGAUUAGAGUGUGGGGUAUUGGCCGUUACUAGGAUAAACAUAUAGCACCAUUUGGCCUGACUUCCAUUUAGAUGAAAUCUAAAUGAUAGGAAGAAGUACGCCGGUUUCUCUUUGUUUUCAUAGUUUUGGAUUUUAUUUAAGCAUGUUGUUAUGUUGGAUGUAGAUGAUCCAUCCAACAAGCGGUUUUUGCCUAGUCCUCGGGUAACUUUGUGUUUCCUUUUAUGUUUUUCUACCUUACAGAUAUUUAGUUUUUU